AUGCAGAAACAAAAAUGCAGUAAUGAAGAAUAUGAUCAAGAAUGUGCGGAAAUCGAAGUGUAUGAAGAUAAAAUCCUCGAUAUCCAGCUCAAGGUUGGAGAACUGCUGCGUCCUCCGUCACCAGUAUUUCCCUUACGACAAAGCAGUCCAACCAAUAGUGCAAACUGGUACGACUCUGUUGCGGGAUCUACAUCAAAGAAGAAAACCUUCAAACUUCCCAAGAUUCAACUCAAGAAGUUUUCUGGUGAUUUGAAGGAGUGGCUUGGAUGGUGGUUUCAAUUCUCAAAAAUUGAUGAAGAUGAGGAGUUACAUCCAAGUGACAAAUUCCAGUAUUUAUUGCAGUGCAUGGUGGUUGGUUCCAGGGCAAGAGGACUCGUCGAAAGUUUCCCCAUGACCGCUGAGAAUUACCCCAAAGCUAUCAACGCCCUGAAGGAGCGAUUUGGCAAGGAGAAACUACUCCAACAAGUGUACGUUCGGGAACUACUGCGUCUGGUCAUUACGACAGCCAAGUCAAAGGAACAGAUAGUUUUGGCCGAACUUUAUGAUAGUGUGGAGACACAACUACGCUCGUUAGAGUCUCUUGGCAUCAAGCCAGAACACACUAUUCAGUUUUUGUUCCCAAUGGUGGAAUCAUGCCUUCCUGAAGAAAUCCUCAUGGCCUGGCAUCGAAGCCCACUACGGAAAGAAGAUGGAAGCAAAUACGUCCCACAGAAGAAUGAACUCGACUUUCUCAUGGAAUUCCUCAGAGAAGAAGUGGAAAGUGAGGCAACAAUGAAAUUAGUGAAAUCUGGAUUUGAGUCGUCAGUGACGUUGAAGGACGAUAAAGCAAAAGCCAGUAAAGGUGGUAAAUUCUCAGAUACUGUGAAAUCUCAGAAGAUCAAGGAAGACAACAUUCCAACCGCCGCUGGACUAUUUGCAGGACAGAAGCAUUACACGUGUAUCUUCUGUGCCAAGUCCCAUCCCAGCCCUGAAUGUUUUCUUGCACAGACGAUGUCAAGAAAAGAAAAGGAAGACAAGAUUAAGGAGAAGAGGUGCUGUUUCAACUGUCUCCAACCUAAUCAUCGGUCAACUGAUUGCAAAUCAUUAGUGAAAUGUAUUUUGUGUGGGAAGAGACAUGUGGUGUUAAUGUGUCCCAGUCUCUCAAAGCAAAUCUACAGUGAUGAGGACAAGAAAUCUCCAAAGAAGGAUUCAGAUUCAUCAUCAUCAACAACAACAAUGAAUGGAAUGGCUAUGAAUAGUCACACAUGUUCCGGGGACGUUCUACUCCAGACUUUGGUGGUUCGACUUUACAAUGACGACGGCAAAUACAAAUUAGCAAGACUCGUUUAUGAUAACGGAAGCCAAGGGACUUCAAUUUGUGUGAGGACCGCUCAAGAUUUGGGGUUGAAGCCAGUUGGGGAGAGCUGCUCUCGUAAAGUGCUUUACGGCGGACAGGUCACGGACAUGCAGAAACAUUACAAGUACAAUUUACGAGUAACCAAUAUUGACGGCACAAAUGGACGGACUCUGAUCGCUAUGGAUGAGCCGGAAAUUUGUGGGCGAUUAAGCCGGGUUCCAAGGGGACCGUGGUUGAAGGAGCUCGCUGCAAAGAAGAUUCGUCUCAGCGACUUCAAAUCAGAAGAUGCAGACAUUGAAGUUUUAGUUGGCAGUGACUACUAUGGCCAACUAAUAACAGGACGUGUUGUUCAACUAAAGUGUGGACUGACAGCCAUCGAGUCGGUAUUCGGAUGGACCCUGUGCGGAAGAAUUCCCAGGCAAGAAAAUACAGCCUCCGAGGUGCUAUCUGCUGCCCUGAUGUCAUGUCAAUCCAGUUUGUCUGAGUUGUGGAGUUUGGAAACUCUUGGAAUCUGUGAACCUGCUCAAGUCAAGAUGAAGACGGACAGGGAAGACGCAACCAGAAAACAUUUUGAAGAUACGGUGUCCAGACAAGAGGAUGGACGCUAUUCAGUUCGAUUACCUUGGGCGGAUGGAACUCCCGUUAUUCCAAAUAAUAAAUCAGUUGCUAUGAAGAGAUUGGAGUCCACCACCAAGAAGUUACGAGAUGCUGGCAAAUACGAAAAUUAUGACCAGAUCUUUCAGGAGUGGUUGAAGGAAGGAUUCGUGGAGAAAGUAAACGACACGUGUAGUGACCAUGAAGUUGGAGUCCAUUACCUCCCUCAUCAUGCGGUGUUCAAGCCACAAAGCCUCACCACACCAGUUCGUCCAGUUUUCGAUGCAUCAUGCAAGACUGGAAGAAAUCCCUCAUUGAAUGAUUGUUUGGAGAAAGGCCCGAAUAAUCUUGAACUUAUCCCAUCAUUGAUACAAAGGUUCCGAGAGAAGAAAAUCGGCGUCAUCGCAGACAUCCGUAAAGCAUUUCAAAUGGUCGGAGUUGAUGAAAUUGACCGUAAUUAUCUCCGGUUCUUAUGGUGGGAGGAUUACGCCGCGAAGAAAGUGCAAGUAUUCCGGCACAAGCGAGUGGUUUUUGGUGUCAACAGCAGCCCAUUCCUAUUAGGAGCUGUGAUAUCAUUACACCUUAAUGGAGUCGCCGAUGGAGCGACCGAUGGAACGACCGAUGGAGUGACCGAUACCCGAAAGGAGAUUGCACAGAAGCUAUUAACAUCCCUUUACGUGGACAACUGUGUUACAUCAGUCAACUCCAAAUCAGAAUUUGAAGAAUUUAAGACGACAUCCAUUCAGCUCCUAGCAGAAGCGAAGAUGGACUUACGUCAGUGGGAGUGUGGCUCUGCGGAGGGAUCCGGAAUCGGCUCAACCGAGUGCGGGUUGGUGACUGGUGGAGACCACACCCCUCAAGAACUGACAAGUGUCCUAGGACUGAAAUGGAACAAGACUGAGGACUACUUGAUGGUAGAAGUGCCCAGAGUGGAGCUGCCAGAAGUAAUAACUAGGCGUGUAAUCUUAUCCCAAGUACAGAAGAUCUUCGAUCCAAUGGGAUUUUUGAGUCCAGCGACUUUAAUUCCGAAAUUGAUCCUCCAGAAGACUUGGGAGUCGAAGUUAACAUGGGAUGAAGAUCUACACGUGCAAAUCAAGAAGCAGUUUGUGGAAUGGUGGAACCAAGCCGUGACUUUGGAGCAAAUCCACAUCCCAAGACAUGCUAUUACAUCAACCAAUCGAGAAGACCUGCAACUUCACACAUUCUGUGACGCCAGCCAGGGAGCUUAUUCGGCUGCAGUAUUUGUGAGAGUUGACAGAGGAAGUGACGUGUCAAUCCAACUUCUUCAAGCAAAGUCGAGGGUGGCACCGAUCGACAAAGUAACAAUUCCGAGACUCGAACUGCUGGGAUGUACCAUCGCUGCACGUCUCACAAAAGCAGUCAAGGAAGCCCUGUCCUAUGAAGAUAUCCCUACAUUUUAUUGGAGUGACUCCACCACAGCCCUUGCUUGGAUUCGGAGGAAUGACGAAUGGGGAACUUUCGUGGGGAAUAGGGUGAAGGAGAUCUGCUCACUUACGCGUGUAGAGCAGUGGCGCCAUGUUCCAGGGAAGAUGAACCCUUCGGACUUACCUUCGAGAGGAUGCUCGCCAAGUGAACUACUUGACAGUCGUUGGUGGGAGGGUCCAGGGUGGCUCAAAUCCUCCGAAGAUCAGUGGCCGAAACCAACGAGUGAGGAGAAUGAAGAACUCAUCAUGACGGAAGUUAAGAAGAAAUCGAUUGUUCAGAUGAGCGCAGUGGAUACCACCAAGCCGCUUUGGUAUAUUCACCAUUCGUCCUUUACCAGAAAUGUACGCCGUGUUGCAUUAAUCAUGAGAUUUAUCAACAAGUGCAAAAAGAAAACUUCAGAAAGUGGAGUGUUGCAACGGUGGGAGCUUGAUCAAGCCGAGAAGAAAUUAUUCAUCUUUGUGCAGCAAGAAGCCUUCCCUAAAUUUACGAGAUCAACUAAACGUGAAGGAGAGGGAAUAAUUGCUGGCUUGAGAGUGACCGUGGAAGAAGAUUCACGUUUAAUUCAAGUCAUGACCAAGCUCACCCAUCGAAGUGAAGAUACCAACAUUUUCCGGAAACCGGUGUUACUCCCGAAUUCGCAUCCAUUGGUGGAACAACUCAUCACGGAAGAACACAUCCACAAUGGACAUGCCGGGGCACAAUUCCUAAUGGGACGAUUACGAGAAAGGUGUUGGAUCAUUCAAGGCCGAAGAGCCGUGAGAAAGAUAAUCAAGAGUUGUGUCAUCUGUCGACGACACACUGCAAAGGCCCCCGUAUUACAACAAGCUGCGUUGCCUGAAGAUCGUGUCAAGAACGCCGGAGUAUUUCAGACGACUGGAAUAGAUCUUGCUGGGCCGCUAUUCUUGAAGGAUGGGUCAAAAGUGUGGUUCGUCAUAUUUACCUGCGCCGUCUACCGAGCAAUUCACCUGGAACUUGUCUCAACCAUCAGUACGGACGCAUUUUUGUUAGCGUUGUUCCGUUUUAUCAGCCGCAGAGGCCGACCGUCAACUAUCUACAGUGACAACGGUACCAACUUUGUGGGAGCGGACAACUUAUUCAAGAAAAUGGAUUGGAAACGGAUCGAGUCUGCUACACGUAUAGCCAAGAUCACCUGGAAAUUCAACCCUCCUGCUGCAGCGUGGUGGGGUGGAUUCUGGGAACGGCUCAUCCGUAGUGUCAAGGACUUAUUAAAGAGGAUGCUGGGCCACGGCAAGUUGGAUUACGAACAGCUUUUGACCUGUUUAUGCAAAGCUGAAGCAGUAAUCAACGCUCGACCACUUACCCUGGUGACCGAAGAUCAGGACGAUCUCAUCCCCCUUACUCCAUCAAUGUUUAUUCAAGACAUCAUGGAGACCAAUUGUCCAGAAGUGGAAAUCUUAGAUGGAAGAGAUCUUAACAAGAAGUACAAAGAGAUGAAGACCUUACACGUUGAACUGCGCAAUCGCUUCCGAAAAGAAUAUUUUGGGCAGCUAGUUCAACGCGGAAAAUCCCAAAACCCACUCUCUUUCAAAAUUGGUGACGUCGUUCUCAUCGGAGACGACAACAAGAAGAGAUUGGAGUGGCCGAUGGGUAGAAUUACCUACCUGUAUCCCGGAAAAGACGGCAUUAUCCGAGUGGCGAGAGUCAAGACCGCUACUAAUCAGUUCCUGCGGCCCCUCCAACGCUUAAUCCCACUGGAAGUGUCAUCUCAUGUGGAACUUUCCCCAAUCCCCAAGGAGAUCAUGGAGAAAGCCAUCAUUAAGAAAGAAGAAAUUCAGUUUCAAGAACCGGAAGUCAUCACCAGAACGGGACGACGUGUCAAGAAACCCACCCGAUUUGGAAUGAAUUACAAGUGUAUAAAUAAUGGUGCAUAA